AUGUCAUUUUAUGUACGUAUUCAACGAUUGUGCUAUACAAGUUUAGUUGAUUAUUAUCGUUCUCGUUUAUUUUGUUUUGUGUUAACAAAUCAAGAUAAUUUAGAAGAUCGAGCUCGUGCUGCAUAUGAAACAUGGGGUCAUCGUUGUGGUCGAUUUGUAUUAAUUACUCGAUUAAAUUCAUCUCGUUCUUAUACAAUUUAUGAAAAUGAAAAUAUUAAUAUUAAACAUGAUCAAUUACCAAUUCAAUAUAUUCCAACAUUACCAAAUGAAACUUAUUCACAUUUACCAGAUAAAGUUCGAGAAAUACUUUUAUUUUUAAAUAAAUAUUAUCCAAAUUAUGAUUGGUAUCUUAAAGCAGAUGAUGAUACUUAUGUUAUUAUAGAAAAUCUUCUUAGAUUUUUAAUUAGUACGAUUAAACGACGUCCAAAACCAGUUUUAUAUGGUUAUCGUUUUCGAGAAGAUUAUUAUGUAAGUGGUGGAAGUGGAUAUGUGUUAACACGUAAAGGACUUGAUUUAUUUGGUUCAUAUAUGAAUGAUAAUUUAUUAUAUGCUCGAUGUAAUUCAACAAUGGAAGAUAUGAUGGUUGGAAGUUGUUUACAAAUAAUCUUUAGUCUUGCAUUAUCUAAUGAAAUCAAAGAUUUAACACUUGUUGGUGAAACAAUUGAUGAUCAAGGAAGAGAAAGAUUUCAUCCACUUACAUUUCGUGUUCAUUUUAAUGGACCAAAAAAUAAAACGAAAAGAGAAUGGAUUUAUUUUAGACCAUUUCAUCACAAUUUAUUUGGUUAUGAAGCAUUAAGUGAAACAACAAUAAGUUUUCAUUAUACUGUUCCUGAAGAUAUGUAUCAAAUUCAUUCAUUACUUUAUGAUAUUAGACAAUUUGAUAAAGAAAUAUGUCGUUUACAAUCAUAG